GUCAUGCUCAGCCCCCGCCAUUCUCUCUUACUACUGAACCGCCUCGAGCUACUCCCGUCCGGGUAUUAUACGAUGAGUCCAUGACCGACUCUCACAUCCUCCAUCUCCCUCCAUCUCCAUCGCUCCAUCCGCUCUCCCAUCUCUCACUCCGCCGACUUCCUCUUUCUUUCCCGCUAAUACAUUCAAAUCUUGAAAUCUUGUUUCUUCUGUUCAGCCUCGCUCACUUCCCACCCUUUCCCUCUCUCCCCCCCCCCUCCCUCUCCGCCCCUCUCCCUCUCUCCCUCUCCCUCCAUCAUCCUCUCUUCCUAUCUCUCCCCCUCCCCCCCCGUCUCUCAUUUCCUUCCUGGUCCUCCUUACUCGGCCUGGAUCUGUUCGAUACCGCCCCUCGGUCGGGUGCGCCCCCCAGUGGUCCUCUUGCUUUGCGGUUCAUGCGGUCGUCGCGAAUUCCAUUCUAGGCUUGCCUUGAUCGGCCUUUUGCCUCCCUCUCCCCCAGGCCGGGUCUGCCUGUUCCGUCCUCCCUCCUCAACUCCAAUAUGGGUUCCAAUCUGCCCGCUCAGCCAAAUCUCAGGAUCACAAGUAAGGAAAUGAUCCGACCAUCGGGGCUUCCUCGAGAACUCCGUCUUCCUACCCAUCCUUCGAACUGAACUAACCUCUUCUCUUUUCUUCUUCUUCCACAGUCAUCGCCGCCGAUGGUCUAUA